AUGGCAUUUGAACAAACUUACAACAACAUUAAAGCUCAUGACAAAUUUGAGAAUACAACAACUGCAUCAUCAACAUCAGCAUCAGCAACAACCUGUCCAGAAAUGUGUCCACCACAGCAAGGAGACAUCUUAACACCCCAUUGUAAACGAUGCAAGGACAAAGGUGUGAACUAUUAUAUGGCCGACAAUAAUUCUGAAAAGGCCAAAUUUCUGCGUGUCCUUAUAGUAGUUUUCGCCACUAUUUGCACCAUUUACGUGUGUCUUUUAUCCUCACGUCGUUAUUUCAAUAGUUGGGUACAGACCGUAAUAGAGCGCACUGAUGUUCAUGUGUCAGAAAUACCCUUCCCAGCCGUUACCAUUUGUCCGGUGAGAGGUAUAAAUCUAUUGCGUCUGCAGAACAAGUACCGGUCAUUUGAUAAACCAUUUCUACGAAGCAAAACAGACAUGCAAGAGUUCCACUUGUUACUGAAUGCUUUCAACGAUGUGUUGUGGUCACCCCUGGUGGAUUACGGUAAUGAUAAUGAUGUUGUUGAUGGUGCUGAUACGAAACACAAUGCAAAUCAUUAUCCUGGACAAACCCAUCGUCACCAUGGCAACAGAAGUUUUAAAAAUCAAUCGUUUUUGGAGCUUUUGGCUGCAGAGCAAACAACUCAUCCAUUUUCUUUAUUCGAUUUGAACAGUUUGUUGUUUUUUCUAACAUUCGAAUGUGAGGACAUAUUUGACGAAUGCACUUGGCGUAGGAAGAAGGUCUCCUGUUGCAAUAUAUUUCGUAAAAUUGAAACAUACAAGGGCGUGUGUUACGCUUUCAAUUCAAUACAUGUUGAGGAUCCAAUUCCAUCCUGGCCUUGGGUGGUGUCUGAUUCUGGUUUACAGACGGGCCUACGAGUUUUGCUGAAACGUAGUGCUAUUGGAAAUUUUUAUGAAAGAGUCGCGACUAUGGUCCACGAUCCCAACGAAAUUGGUACCUCGGAUAUAAUCUACUUAAAUGGCGAAAGUAUAGUGAUCACUGUAUAUCCCUUACGUUUCACGGCCGACUAUGACAUACGUUCGGUGAGACCAGAACUCAGGCAUUGUUAUUUUACGAAUGAAUUGAAACUUUUGGGUAAAAGUCGCACCAAUUGCAUGCGUAAUUGUCGUUUAUUGUAUAUUGAAAGGAAUUGCAACUGCACAUAUAUUUUUCCGAUGGCAGCGAGAAGUUCUACUAGGACGGGAUCUUUGCCGAUGUGUGGUGUUUCACAUUUGAAAUGUAUCUACAAACAUCGAAGUGCUCUCCUAACUACGGGCAAUGUAUUGGGCGAAAACAUUGAUGAGGUUGAGUUUAACACACUGGAUUGCAAAUGUUAUCCAAACUGUAACUACAUACAAUACAGGACCAUGGUAAACACGGACAACACAGGCGAAACACAUGGUAAAAAUUAUAUUGACCUACAGGUCCAAUAUCAGCAUGACACUUUAUUCUCCUAUCGCUCCACACUGUGUUUCAAUCUACUGGACUUGAUAGUUUCAUAUGGUGGCAUUGCUGGUCUGUUUUUGGGUCUUUCGUUGGUUGGCAUUAUCGAGUUGUUGCAUGAUUUCAUUGUUUGCUGGAAAAUACGAAAACAAAGAAAACGUCUGCAAACACAUGUGCAACAACAUGAGAACAACAACGAUAACGAUACCCAGAAAAAGGAUGUAAAUUCAACAAUUUAA